AACCAGAGGAUAUCCAGAUCAUUUUAAACAGUUCGAAGACAUUAGGCAAAGAUGUGGUUUAUGAGUUUUUUUAUCAAUUUGUCGGCACCGGUCUAGUUACAGCACCACUCGAAAAAUGGAAGAAAACUCGAAAAAUACUUACGCCAUCUUUUGCCCCGAAAAACAUCACAAGAUUUGUGCCUCUAAUGAACGAAAGAGCAACGAUUAUCAUACAAAAGAUGCAACAACAUUCUGGUAGUGGUGUCGAAGUAGAUUUUUAUCCAUUCUUCUUCACGGCUUCAUUUGACACACUGUGUGAGGCAUCUUUUGGGGUACAAGUUGAUUCUCAGCUAGGCCGAAGUCGAGAUUGGGCAGAAGUAAUGUUUCGAUGUGCGCCUUUUGUAAUGGAACGAAUUUUUGCACCAUGGUUAUAUACGGACUACGUGUAUGAAAAAACAAGUGCUGCAAAGGAGGUGAAAAAGAGGUGGAACGAUUUUCGAGAAUUCAGCAUUAGAGUACUUAAUGAAAGGAGAACACAUUUUUCAAAAAACUGCGGCAAGAAUAAUGAUGAAAUGAAUGGAGACAUUGAUUGUCCGGAGUAUCUACUAGAUGCCAUCCACAAUUCUCAAGAAGAUAGCAUCCACAAUUAUUCUGACACAGAUAAGAUAGAUGAGGCUCUAACUUUCAUGCUCGCGGGAAGUGAAACCACCGCGCAAACCAACUGUUUUGUUUUGUUAAUGCUAGCUAUUCAUCCCGAAUAUCAAGAGAAAGUUUUCGAAGAGCAGUACAAUAUUUUUGGAGAUGCAGAUAGAUCUAUCACACUAGAUGAUCUAGAUAAAAUGGAAUAUUUGGAACAAGCUGUUAAGGAAACUCUUCGCUUGUACCCUGUGGUUCCUAUUUAUGUGAGACAAGCAGAAGAGGAUACGAAAUUGACACAAAAUUACGUUUUGCCAGCUGGUGCAACUGCGGUAAUUUAUCCAUUCUUCACGCAUUAUGAUCCAGAACUUUGGCCCGAACCACACAAAUUCAACCCGGAUAAUUUUACAGCUGAGAAAAGGGCGAAUAGACACAAGUAUGCUUUCAUACCUUUUAGCGGUGGUGCUAGAGGAUGUAUUGGUAACAAAUAUUCUAUGAUAGCCAUGAAGACAACACUAUCCAACUUCAUACGGCAGUUUCGAGUUAGCACAACUAAAAAACAUGAAGACAUCGAAGUUUAUGUGGACGUGGUGCUUAGAUGUAAAGGUGGUUGGAGUAUGAAACUUGAACGAAGAAUAAAUCAGAAAUCCUAAAAAUGUC